GACACAAUUGAAACUAUAGAAAACUACAUGGGCCAAAAUUGAAAUUUGCCCUUUAGAGGUCUUUGAUCCUUUCCUUUUGCUCCUCCAACGCCAAGUCAGUUCAGGUGGUGUGUAUGUUCGGCUGUGAGAACUCAUUCAACCGAAGAAACGAGGUGUGAAGAAACGAUCGGAGGAAGUGGGAAAUGGCGAGCGCAGUGGACCCAGCAGGAGAUCCGAUCCCAACAUCGGCAGUUCUGACGGCGGCGGCGAAGCACAUUCAGUUCAACUGCCAAGCGGAGAACGUGGCUUUUCUCAAGUGCAAGAAGAAGGACCCAAACCCUGAGAAGUGUCUCGACAAAGGUCGCCAAGUCACUCGAUGCGUUCUUACCCUGCUGAAAGAUCUUCAUCAGAGGUGCACGAAAGAGAUGGAUGCUUAUGUUGGAUGCAUGUAUUACAAUACAAAUGAAUUGGAUUUAUGUCGCAAAGAGCAAGACGAAUUCGAGAAAAAAUGCCCGUUAGCUUAAAAAGCAUGUCCCUAGUCCCGCCAUUUCCACAAUAAUAGGGGCAGCGUGCAAUGAGCAAAUGGCGUUACGUACAAUUUCAAUGGAUCUUGCUUUUAGAUCUGAGCUAUUUUCAUCGUAUUUGUAUGUCGGAUUUUUGCUUGGGGAAUGCUCCUUUGAAACAUGAAGCAUGAUUGACUUACUUGUGUUGCACUUUGAUAUUUAUUUUUUGACAUCUUCAUUGGAGGUGCUCUUAAAUGCCCCCCAAUAUACUAUACUAGAAAGAGAAA